GGACAUGCGACAACUGAAACAGGUAUGUAAAAUAUYGUAUUGAAUCGACACCUACUGAAAAAGUUUGCGAAAAAAAAAAGAAAACUCAUCCAUGUUUUACUUUGUCUUUUUUUUGUGAACAUCAACAUUGUAUUACGACGUUGUAGUUGGCCAACGAAGUCCGAUGGGAAGUCUUGGAACAAGUUUCGAAGACGGGAGGUCAUUUGAGUUCAUCUCUGGGAGUUACCGAGCUCACAGUUGCUCUACAUUACGUCUUUGACAUGCCUACAGACGAUAUUAUUUGGGACGUUGCCCACCAAUGUUACCCCCACAAGAUGCUGACCGGACGACGGGACCGAUUCCCAACCCUCCGUCAAAUGAAUGGGCUCUCAGGAUUUUGCAAACGAAAAGAAAGCGAAUAUGAUUCUUUCGGAGCAGGUCACUCCUCRACUUCCAUCUCGGCGGCACAGGGUAUGAGUAUUGCUAAGAGUAUCUUGAACAAACGAAAGAACAAUUGUGUUGCUGUUAUUGGAGAUGGUGCCAUUACCGGAGGAAUGGCUUACGAGGCCAUGAACAGUGCUGGAUACUUGCAAUCUCGAAUGAUUGUCGUUUUGAACGACAAUGGUCAAGUCAGUCUUCCUACGGGAACACCUAGUGCUGGAGGAACAGUCCCCGCAUCGCAGCUUUCCACCUACACCUCCAAUUURUUGGUGUCUAAACCCUUCCAAGACUUYCGUGAUUUUGCCAAAUCUUUYAACAAGCUUUUGCCCGAGGACGUGCAAAGCGUGAACAAACGUAUUGACGAAUACACUCGUGGUCUUGUUUCKGGUGGUACUCUCUUCGAGGAAUUAGGAUUUUACUACGUUGGUCCCAUUGACGGCCACGAUCUCGACAACUUGAUCCCAAUUCUCGAAAAGCUCMGAGAUUCUCCCAGCAACAAACCUGUGUUACUCCAUAUUAAGACCACGAAGGGGUAUGGAUACCCACCUGCCGAAGCCGCUAGUGACAGAAUGCAYGGUGUAGGCAAGUUUAACCUCGGAACCGGUGCCCAGUUCAAGAUCAAAGGAGGUGAACCCAGCUUCACCUCUAUUUUUGCAAACGCUUUGAUCGAUGCAGCCAUCGAAGACCGCAGCAUUGUUGGAAUAACAGCCGCCAUGCCUGGAGGYACGGGAAUGGACAUCUUCGGUCGCCGCUUUCCCAAGCGCACGUUUGAUGUGGGUAUUGCCGAGCAACACGCCGUUACGAUGGGUGCCGGUAUGGCAUGCGAGGGYCUCAAGCCUUUUGUGUGCAUCUACUCGACAUUUAUGCAACGUGGCUACGAUCAGGUAGUUCAUGACGUUGCUGUACAGAAUUUGCCCGUUCGUAUGAUGCUGGAUCGAGGUGGCUUCGUCGGAAACGACGGUCCUACUCACCACGGAUGCUACGAUCUCUCGUACAUGGGAUGCAUCCCCAACCUCACCAUCAUGGCUCCUUCAGACGAAAUCGAGCUCCGCAACAUGGUUAUGACCUGUGCGGACUACGACGAAGGUCCAACCGUCCUGCGAUACCCACGUGGUGUGGGAUACGGUGCUGAGAAACUUCAGAACCUCUUUGGUUACAAGCUGGAGAAGGGAGAAAUUCCCACCAAGGGUAAGUUARCCUCUCAUGGUUUUUCACAAUGUAUACACUYUCCUUCAAUAAAAAAUCAAGAACAUGCAAAAUGGGAAUGUUUUGUAACGAACUUAAUCUCACCUUAUAUUURCUUUUCAUCGCAUACAUCAUUUUAUGUUGUCAAUUUUUCUCUGCAAAUUCAUUUUGGAAAUCACUUUACAMUUCAAGGCGAAAAAAUCCCUAUCGGCAAGGGACGCAUCAUUCGAGGAGAAGGAGGUUUGAUCGACAAUAAAUCGAGCACGAGAGGCAAGGAACGCAAGGACCGUGUUGCCGUCCUUUCGAUUGGAACUCGCCUUCACGAGGCUCUUGUUGCAGCCCAAGAGGUCGAAGACGAGCACGAAGAUUUGAGCGUAACUGUUGCCGAUGCCCGGUACAUGAAACCGUUGGACGUGGAUCUGGUCCGACAGCUCGCAGACGACCACUCCGUUUUGAUCACUAUCGAGGAGGGCAGCAUYGGUGGUUUCGGUGACCACGUUCUUCACUUUUUGUCUCUCGAUGGAUUGUUGGACGAAGGAAACCUCAAGUUCCGACCCAUGGUCAUCCCUGACGCUUACUUUGAGGCCGCCACACAAUUCCAACAAUACGAGCAAGCGGGUUUGAACGCCAGACACAUUAAGGGCACCAUCCUGCGGCUCGCCAAGAAAAUCGAGAUCCCGAUUCUCGAUGAAAUUCCAGUUGAUAACUCAGAGAGCACAAUAGCUUARAGAUACUUUUAAAUUUAUAGAGAACAUCAAUCUUAU